CCAAACAUAAAAUAAAAAUUAAAACCUUUUUUCUUUUUGUUUCUUUGUUCCCACUGAGCCUGAGGCGUUUUUGAUUGUUCGUUGUGCAGUGCAGAGUUAAUUAUAAAAAAGAAUUUGUUUCUUCUUCUUCUGAAGCUCUCUUUUAAGUCACUAACUCAAAACGAUAGAGAAGAAUCCGAUUAUUUUCAUUUUCGGAGGGAGAAUUAUAAUCGAUUGCGGCGGGGCACAAUGACAUUGACGAGAUACCAGAUACGGAACGAGUACGGCUUGGCUGAUAAGGAUCUCUACCAAUCCUCCGCCCAUAAGGAUGAUCCUGAAGCUUUUCUCGAAGCUGCGUCCAUGGCUGGACUCGUCGGCGUUUUGCGCCAGCUUGGCGACCUCGCCGAGUUUGCUGCUGAGGUAUUCCAUUGCCUGCAUGAAGAAAUGAUGACUACUGCAGCAAGAGGCCAUGGCUUGGCUUUCCGUCUCCAACACCUCGAAUCUCAGUUUCCUUCUUUUGAGAUUCCCAUUCUCUCCCAAACCGAUCAUUCUACUUUCUAUUAUAAUCCAGGCUUGCAAUGGCAUUCUAGUCUGCUACCAAAACAAGACCUCAUUUCCCCACGCAACUUGCCUCAUUGUAUUAUUGAUUCAUACGAGGAAUCCCGUGCUCCUCCCCAGCUCUUCCUUCUCGACAAGUUUGAUGUUGCUGGGUCUGGAUCAUGCUUGAAGCGUUACUCUGAUCCAUCUUUGUUGAAGCGGCCUACUCCAUCAGCAACAUCAAAACUCAUCAAAGAUGAUAGACCACGUAAAUCGAAGAAGAAAGGAUCACACACAACUAGUAAAGAGGCAUAUGGUGAUUCACGGACAUCACAUGCCAAGUUGCAUCAGCUAUUCUUUUUGGAGCAUGUUGAGAACGAACAGGAAAAUCCUGAAUUCCAUGUGAGACUCAAGAGGAGGCAGUUGAAUGGACCGCUAUUUAACUCAAGCUCCGGGACAAGUUACAUGGAGAAAUUCCUCAAGAAUUCGUCGCCCUACUGUGAAAGAGUUCAUGGGACUCUGGAUCAGUCAUCUCCGGCUAUCGAAACUGAAGUUACAGUAUGCAGCGUACGAGAAGAGUUACAAACACCUUCCCUAGUUUAUCCAAACAGUGGAGACACUAGCAAAUACAAUGAGAUGGAGAUAGAGGGAGGAUCAGAGAUUUGUUUAGAAAGAAGCUCUUCUUGUUGCAAGGAGAUCAAUGAAACAGAUACACCUGUUUCCAUGGAGUCAGAAGCAAAGGAAGCAGACAGUGAUGACAGAGCUUGCUGUGAACUUGGAUUUCCAGGAUUUGGUCAGACGCAGAUCUGUACUAAUGCAGAGGUGACUCAAACAGAGGAUCUGUCUCACUUUUCUAGUGUGUUGCACCACUCACCAAAGGAAGGAGAAUCUUCUAGUCUUUUGUGCACUGAUUUGGAGAGUUCUUCUCUUGAAGGUAAGCCAUAUGAAUCUGAACAAACAUCUUUCAGUUUGUCUUGUUAUGAGAAUCCUGCAAAUCUUGCCGAAGAUUCGGGAAGUCGUUUGGAGCUUCAGUCUAAUAUAGCAAAUGCUGAUAAUAUUGGGUUGAAAUCAUCUGAAGCUUGCGAGGUCGUGGAAGACGGAAGAGAUCCGGUGCUUACUAUUUCCCCUGAAGCUCAUCCAGAGUAUCUGUUAAAGCUUACACAAGUGUCAUACGACGCAUCCGAUGGUGGGACCAAUGUUGAUCAUUCUCAACAUGUUUUCAGUGUAGACACUGGUUCUGAGAUAUCUUUAAGUGCUUUAGUUGAAGACCAGUUCUCAUCUGUAACCAAUCAAGAGGUAGAGGCUUUGGAACCUGAGGACAUAUCUUCUGAAACUGGUCAUUCGAUUCCAGAUAGCAAAAGCAGUUUAAAAGGAACACCAUCAGCAUUGGAGUCCGAUUUUCUUCUUCCAAAUCCGUAUAUUAGCACAUUUGACGACUUGGAAGAUAAAACCAACUCCCAAGACAUAUCUUCCACGAAUCCUAAGCAGUUUAAACAUAUUUCAACUUCUGAAAUCAGUUCAGAAAAUGGAACGCUGAUGUCAGAUACUCCAAGAGAACUUCACACAAGAUGCAGUAACCUCUCAGCCUCAUCUUCUUGUGAAGACGUAUUGGCCAGUCCUGAUCUGGCUGAGAUAUCUUCGCAUUCUGGACAGGAGGAUCCACAAACCAUGUCUAUAGUUGCAGAUGAUGAUAGUAGUGCGCCUGAAGAACCAAUUCCUGAUACGCCAAGACUUGGUACUUGUUUUGCAGGGGAUGUCGAUCACGAUAACCAUACUGGCCUGGAUAAUAAGGCCGAUACCAUGCCCGAAAUAGACUUGGAAACUAUUAGUGAACCACAGGAGAAUCUGUUAGGUACCGAAGAAUGUCUUUCACCUGAGUGUUGCUUACAGACACAGAACCAAGGGAAAGAGAGUCCAUCAGAAACCGGGUCAGCAAAUCCAAUAACAGCAUCAGUCGAGUCACUUCCUACACAAAAUGGACCUGUUGGUGUUGAGGUUUCAACUUCAGAGGAAGCGUUAACUUGCAACGAAACGCUUUUCCCUUCAAGCAUAGCAGAAAUAGAAGCUCUUCAUGCACCAAACCAGGAAACUUUCACAUCAUUAAAUGAUCAUAUCUCUGAGUCUGUUCUUUCCAUGGAUCUGACUGAUGGAGAAGAUUGCUUGGACGUGUCCCCUGAAUCCAUGCUUCCCUUCUCCAUGACCUUCGAUGAAACACCGCAGGCAGAUCCAGAGAUAACACCUCCGCUUCCGCCUCUUCCUCCGACACAAUGGUGGAUAGGGAAGCUGGUUGAAUCAACUGAAAUGCCAUCACUUGAAGGUAGUGGAAACAAUGGUUUCUACAUUCAUAGGGAUGAAAACACACAGAACGAAUCACUUCAAGCGACUGAGGCACAGUAUCUAUCAGAAGCGUCGACUACAGAUGGUGAAAACCACAAUUCUCAUGUAUAUAGAGAAGAUUCUAGAGUGGAAGGCGUGUCAACUUGUGUAGAAACUACUCUGAAUGAACCAUCUAAAGCAGCUGAGGAACAGUCUCCUUCAGCAGUCAGUGGAACAAGCGGCACCUAUAUGCAUAACGAUGAAAGUGCACUGAAGUGUUUGAAUAAAACAGUGGAGUCACCACGUGCAGAGGAAGUAUCAUUAGAAGCUGACUGGAGAGCUGAAGCAAUGGCACUCGAAUGGUUUAGUCAGAACUUAAGGGAGCAUAGCAAUCCUCACCCUGCAAAGUUAGAAGAGGAACCUCAGGUUGAUCGUUCACAUGACUCGCUUGUUAUUGGCAUGGACAGAAGCAUGUUGAGGAAAGUAUCUGAACAGAAGAGGACACAAGUUGGAGCUAGAGCGGACGAGAAUGAUUCACUAUUGCAGAUCAUAAGGAGCAAGUCGUUCAACCUGAGACCAGCGGAUGCCUCGGUGAGAGCAAACUUUCAAGUAGCUGUUCCAAAAACCAACGUGAAGGUCGCUGCGAUUCUAGAGAAAGCCAAUACUCUUCGCCAGGCAAUGGCGGGAAGUGACGACGAGCACGAUUCAGAUAGCUGGAGUGAAUGAAUCUAUAGAUGACAGACAGAGAGAUACACACGCUCUGCUCUGUAUGUAUAGAGGAAGAAUUGUUAGCAUUUUUUGUUCUCACAUAUAUGUCUCCCGUAAUGUUUCCUCAUUAUUUGCUCUAUUCGACACAUUUGUAAGUCGCAGUCUUUUUGCCAUCUAUAUGUAGUGCACCACCCAUGAGUCAACAAGUGUGGCUAGUAUUGAUUUUAAAUGUUAUAAUGAUACAGAUACAGAUACAAAGAUUGAAACAAGACAUAAAAGCAUGUGUAUCCCUGCCAAUAAAUGGAAGGGGUGUGCCGUAAACUUCACUUACAUUACGAUCUAUUUGAGGACUUUGCUUUGAGCAUACAUCCAAUAGUGUAACAACGAACACUAAUUUACAUAUUUUACUUUUUUUAAGACUCCCUCCUACUAUUAAUUGAAAAGAGCAUUCAUGUUU